GUAUUUGUUUUCCUCGGAGUUUAUAUAACCAUUAACCUGUGGUUCAAAUUAACAUUAAACAGAGAUACUGAAUUUUACUUUGCUCCGAGAAAAGGCGCUAUGGAUGAGCAAUAUGAAACAUUAAAUGGAGUCAAGUGGAUAUCAAAAAAAGAAGACAUUCACAGCGUGACUUUUAGAACAACAUUGCAACAGAAUCAUGGCUAUCAGGACUUCAACGGGAUACUAGCCAACAAACAAGACAAACACAGCGAGACUUUAAGCACAACAUUGCAACCAAAUCCUGAUUAUCAGGGCGCCAACGGGAUAUCAGACAACAAAAAAGACAAACACAGCGAGUCUUUGGGCACAACAUUGCAACCAAAUCCUGAUUAUCAGGGCGCCAACGGGAUAUCAGACAACAAAAAAGACAAACACAGCGAGUCUUUGAGCACAACAUUGCAACCAAAUCCUGAUUAUCAGGGCGUCAACAGGAUAUCAGACAACAAAAAAGACAAACACAGCGAGUCUUUGAGCACAACAUUGCAACCAAAUCCUGAUUAUCAGGGCAUCAACAGGAUAUCAGACAACAAAGAAGACAAACACAGCGCGUCUUUAAACAAAAACUUUCAAAAUCAUCCUGGCUAUCACGACGCCAACUGGAUAUCAAGCAACAAACAAGAUAACGACAGCGAUAUUUUAAAUACAACAUUGCAACAUACUUUAGAUGAUAUGACUCCAACAAAUACCCCUGAAGCAUGUAUUAAACGUUUCCCUAGGGCAAUAAUUGCCGGGAUACAGAAAGGUGGAACGUACGGACUGCUCUACUUUCUGAACAAGCAUCCACAAGUUGUAGGAUGUUUGCACCCUAUUGAACCAAAGUUCUUUAUUCGGAAUGCAAACGAUGAUGACGGUUACACAAACUAUGUAAAGGUUCGUUUUGGGAACCAUUCAGAUACAAUCUUAAAUGAAAACAAUACGGAUAUUCUUAAAUGGGAGCAUCGCUUUCAAAAUUACAAGAACAUUAUGCCGUGUAGCUAUAGCAACCAGAUCACCAUGGAGAAAGAUCCUGCAUAUUUCUGUAGUGAAGUUGCUGCAAAGCGAAUAUAUCAGUGGAACCCAGACAUCAGACUAGUUUUCAUUGUAAAGGAUCCAGUCGAAAGGGCUAUAUCUGCUAUUGCGAUGUUUAAAGCAAGAGGAGAUAUUGAUGAGAACACGACUGUGGAUGAUAUUGUCUUAACAAAUGAUUCAAACGGGAAAAAGCAAGUGAAUAGCGAAACGGGAGCUUUAAAAGAAUCCAACUACCAGCUUUAUAUGCGAGAAUGGUUGAGCUAUUUUCGCAGAGAACAAAUACUUUUCGUUGAUGGUCAUAAAUUUGAAUCCGAUCCUGCUGGAGAACUUAAAAAUGUUGAAACAUUUCUGGAAAUUGACCAUUUUUUUCACAGCUCGAUGUUUAUAUUAAGUAAAUCGAAAGGAAAAUUUUGUUUUGUGCAAGGGAACAAUAAACCCCAGUGUUUACCCAAAGGUAAGGGAAGGAAACACCCAUAUGUCAGUGAAGAGACAUUGUCUUUGCUUAAAGAAUAUUUUGCUCCGAAAAAUGCACAGUUUUUCAAAAUGGUGAAUCAAACCUUCGAAUGGUAA